GAGGCAAAAUGAGGGUAUUGCAUAUAAAUCACAAUUGUUGGACUCUGGCGUGGACUGUUAUCAUGUGCGUUAUGAGGGGAGUUUAUUCACAAGAACGGCAGGGUUACCUGAUUACUGCUCCGUCAGUGUUUCGUGCUGGUGUGGAAGAGGCCGUGAGCGUGACCAUCUUCAAUGCAGUUGCGGACACACGAGUACAGCUGCAGCUCAGCGUCAAGGGUGAGAUUGUAACCCACAGUCACGGCACUGUACGAGAUAAAGGCACCAUCAAAAUAAAGGUGCCAUCAGAUCUCAGAGGUCAGGCACAUCUAAAGGUGUGGGGGAACUGCCAACUCAAUGAGGGUGGCUACAUCUUUCACAACCAUACCACUGUGACAGUGGACAGCAAAGGAACAACUGUUUUCAUCCAGACUGACAAGCCAGUCUAUAAACCUCAGCAGAAAGUCCUUAUAAAUGUAUUCGCAGUCAUGCCAGACCUAAGGCCUACCAGUGAAAAGAUUGACGCUUACAUAGUGGACCCCAGAGGCUCCCGCAUAGUCCAGUGGAAAGAUCUGAAGUCUAUUUGUUGUGGAACGGUCAAUAUGAGCUUUCCACUGUCAGACCAACCUGUCUUUGGCGAGUGGUUUGUCUUUGUGGAGAUGCAAGGCCACACAUACAACAAGUCAUUUGUUGUACAGAAGUAUGUUAUGCCCAGGUUUGAGCUUAUCAUUGAGCCCCCUCCCUACAUCCGAGAUCUGAACAUGUGUGAACAAGUCACAGUUAAGGCAAGGUACAUCUUUGGGAAGGCAGUGAUGGGCAAAUUAAUGGUUAACAUGACAGUAAAUGGUGUAGGCUACUAUAGGCAUGAAGUUGGCCACACAGUGAUGAAAUCAAUGGAGAUCAAAGGUUCAGCCACUUUCAGCCUCUGUGUGAAGGACAUGAUGCCCUUAGAAGUUACUGACCAUUUCCGGGGUGCGGUCAACAUGUGGGUGACGGUGAGCAGUGUGGACGGUGGACGACAGACCGUGUUUGAUGAUUCAACACCAGUACAUAAGCAGCUCAUUGAUAUCAAGUACUCAAAAGACACACGCAAGCAGUUCAAGCCUGGUCUGCCUUACAAAGGGAUGAUUGAGGUGACCUAUCCAGACGGGAGCCCAGCUGAUGGAGUACAGGUCCGAGUUAAGGCAGAACUCACCCCAAAGGACAACCUCUACAUCAGCGAAUUGUUCUCACGCAAUGGCAAGGCCAUUUUUGAGAUCCCCUCUAUCCCCACAGCUGCCCAGUACGUCUGGUUGGAGUCAAAAGUGACGGCAAUUGACGGCAAACCUGCAGGAGACCGUUAUCUCCCCAACUAUUUGUCCAUCAGUAGCUGGUAUUCUCCUAGCAAGUGCCACAUCAUGCUCCUAAAUCCCAGUGCUCCUUUCAUGAUUGGACAAGAAGAAGAGAUUUCUAUGAUGUCCACCUGUCCUUGUAACUUCACCUUGCACUAUGAGAUCUCCUCUCGUGGGAAUAUCGUGCAGUCGGGUCAGAGACGUAUGAACAGCAUGGCCUAUCGCAGAAAGAGAGCUACAGUUACCUUCGAUGCAAACAUUCAUACAACUACCAAAUCGACACAUCACUUAGACUCUGGUGUUUCCUCUUCUCAAGCUGAGACGGACAGCUGUUUGUCAGUUCUGCAUUUCAACGUGACUCCCUCUAUGGCCCCUCUUAGUCGUUUGCUGGUCUACUAUGUGCGGGAAGAUGGCGAGGGAGUGACAGACAGUCUACAAUUUCCUGUGCAGCCCAGAUUUGAAAAUGAAGUGUCUGUUUCUUUGUCCACAAAUGAGUCAAUGCCUGGCAGUCCGGUCAGUCUUAAGGUCAGUGCGGAGAGUGGUUCAUGUGUAUGUGUGGCCUUGGUGGACAAAAGCAUGUACCUUCUCAAACCAGGCUUCCAGCUCACACCAGAGAAGGUGUUCAAGGAACUGGCUGACUUUGAUGUAUCUGAUGCGUUUGGGGUACCCAAAGACGAGGGGCAUUUCUGGUGGCCCAGAUUGUUAUCACGGCGACGGCGUUCUUCUGUGUUUCCAUGGCACUGGGACAUCACUAAAGAUGCCCGUUUUGCUUUUACGGAGAUGGGGCUGGUGGUCAUGACAGAUGUGGUGAGUCUAAAUCACAGGCAGAGUGGAGGGAUGUACACAGACGAGGUUGUGCCCGCAUUCCAACCACACACUUCCACCCUUGUGGCAGCCAUGCAUGCCCAAUCUGGGCCACGGGCUGGGAACCGGAGGCGUACAUUCUUCCCAGAAACAUGGAUAAUGCACUGCUUCAAUGUCAGUAAUGUUACCGGAGAAGCAGAGUUACGAAUGGAUGUCCCUGAUUCCAUCACCACAUGGGUGGCAGAGGCUAUUGGUUUGUCUGCUGAUAAGGGGUUGGGCCUGGCUCAGACUGCAGAACUGCGCACAUUCAAGCCCUUCUUCAUGGACAUCACCCUGCCAUACAGCAUUAUUCGUGGUGAACAAACGAAAAUCCCACUGACGGUGUAUAACUACCUCUCAUCUUGCAUAGAGGUCCAUGUGAAAGUUUCAGUGCCCAAAGGGAUCAAAUUUGUGGGUCAUCCAGGGAAACACCAUCUGACCCGCAAAAAGUGUGUUGCGCCUGGAGAGGCAACGCCCACUUAUAUUGUGCUGCUCUUUUCCGAAUUGGUGGCUGCCAACAUCACAGCUCGUGCCGUGGCCUACAGUGAGCCAAGCUGUUGCUCUGAUGGGCUGCAGUCCAGCAAAGCAGGCAAAGUGGCAGAUGAACAUGAGGACAGGAGAAUUCCAGUAGGCAUGGACUAUGUGCGCAGAAGCGUGCUGGUAGAGCCUGAAGGUUUGCCUAGAGAGUACACAAACAGCGUCUUCUUCUGUCCAAAUGAACGAAUCCAUAUCUCCACACCCAACAAAUACGAGUAUCAAUACGUCAAGAAACCGGACAAAGUCUUGCACAUGCAAGUGGCCAUCAAAAGCCACAAUGAUGCCCACAUUGCUCUCUCGCCCACUGCCCACGACAGCACUGAAAUGGUGGAGAUUGUAUUGGGCGGUCGGCAAAACUCACACUCCUGGAUUUCACGUGGUAAGAUGGGUGAGCCUGUCGUCAGUGCCCAGACGCCAGGCAUCCUGUCCUGGGAUGAGUUCAGAAGCUUUUGGAUCAGCUGGAGAGAAAGGGGAGUGCAGGUGGGGCAUGGCCUAGAGCCAUCCAGUGAGACCCUGAUCCUGCAAUGGAGUGGACCAGUUCCUGCUCAGGUGCGAUAUAUUGGCUUCUCCACUGGCUGGGGCUCUGUGGGUGAGUUCAGGAUCUGGCGCAAAGAAGACGCAGAUGAAAACCACAAUGAGGCUUUCACUCUUGGAGUCCCACACAAUGUGGUACCAGGCUCAGAGCGAGCCACCGCCUCCAUAAUCGGUGAUGUUAUGGGGCCCACCCUUAAUAACCUCAACAAGCUCUUACGACUCCCUUUCGGUUGUGGCGAGCAGAACAUGAUCCACUUUGCUCCCAAUGUCUUUGUGCUCAAGUACCUCCAGAAAACCCGACAGCUCAGUCCAGAAGUUGAGGCAGAGGCCACCGACUACCUACUACAAGGUUAUCAGAGGCAGCUGACCUACAAGAGGCAGGAUGGUUCUUACAGUGCCUUUGGGGAAAGAGAUUCUUCCGGAAGCAUGUGGUUGACUGCCUUUGUACUAAAAUCAUUUGCUCAGUCUCGUGGCUUCAUCUUCAUUGAUCCUCAAGAGCUGGGAGCGGCCAAAUCCUGGCUGAUCACCCACCAACAGGAAGAGGGAUCCUUCCCAGCAAUGGGCCGGAUACUCAAUAAAGACCUGCAGGGUGGGAUUCAUGGAAAGAUCUCCUUGACUGCGUAUGUGGUGGCAGCUCUUAUGGAAACCGGAAUUACAACUGAGGAGGAGAAGGUAGCAGUGGCGAAAGCUAAGGCGUUUCUGGAGAGCAAUACAUACUCUGCUGAUGAUCCAUACACCACAGCUCUGUCUGCAUAUGUGCUCACUCUACUCCGCAGUCCUUAUGCCCCACUGGCUCUCCGAAGACUUAACCACAUGGCCGUCACCCAAGAUGGCUGUACACAUUGGAGUUUUACUGGCAGCACUGUAACUGAUGAGGACACGUUCAUGGGCUUCAGUGAUGGCCUCUCCCAAUCAGUGGUGUCAGCUGAAGUUGAAAUGACUGCCUAUGGUCUACUGACCUACACUCUUCUGGGUGACGUGGCUUCAGCCUUGCCAGUGGUUAAAUGGCUCUCACAGCAAAGGAAUGCCCUGGGUGGUUUUUCCUCAACACAGGAUACCUGUGUGGCACUGCAAGCACUUUCCGAGUAUGCCAUCCUGUCAUAUGUGGGUGGGAUCAAUCUUACCAUAUCUCUGGCUUCAACUAAUCUGGACUUCCAGGAAACAUUUGAGCUUCAGUGGGACAACAAGAAGAUUCUGCAGAAAGUUGGGAUCCCCAGCCUUCCAACAGGAUUGUUUGUCAGUGCUAAGGGAGAAGGCUGCUGUCUAAUGCAGAUCGAUGUAUCUUACAAUGUACCUGACCCAGUAGCUAAGCCAGCUUUUCAGCUGAAAGUGGACCUGAAGGAACCCAGGCAAGAACGGCACGCACCACUUUCCUCACGCCACAUGUCUUCUCGCACUCGUUCUCGUGCUGAUAACCGAUCGGAGCUCAGUCGCAAGUGGAGGGCACCUAUUGACGACGAGGACCCUGCGGCCCACCAAGACCACCUCGACUAUCGUGUUACACUGGAGGUUUGCACCAGGUGGCUGCAUGCCGGCUCAUCCAAUAUGGCUGUCUUAGAGGUCCCUCUAUUGUCGGGCUUCCAUGCUGAUAUUGAGAGUCUAGAGAGGCUGUUGAUUGAUAAGAGAGUGGGGCUAAAGAGGUAUGAAGUGGACGGACGAAAAGUGCUGUUCUACUUUGAUGAGAUCCCCAGUCAGUGUAUGACCUGUGUGUCCUUCAAUGCCGUAAGAGAGUAUAUCGUGGGCAAGACGGCCCCAGUGCCAGUAAAAGUCUAUGACUAUUACGAACCAGCAUUUGAAGCCACUCGUUUCUACAAUGUGAGUGAGAGCAGUCCUCUUGCACGAGAACUGUGUGACGGUACUACAUGUAAUGAAGUGGAGAGCUCCAGCAAUCACUGGACAGGCUUUGUUCAGGGUGGUCAGUGCAACAGCAUUUUUGACUGUCCAGAGGAGGAACACUACGAGCGCUGUAUGUGUUAUCGGGACUGCGGCUAUGAUGGCGAGCCCAUCUGCGGUUCUGACGGGCAGCGCUACCAGAACCAGUGUCAAAUGGAGAUGUCCGCCUGCAGAAAUGGCACACGGAUUGAGCAAGUGCCCUUUAGCCACUGUCCACAGGUGGGGGUGGAUGUAGAGGAACGAGAACUUGCUACAGGAGAAGAACCAGAACAGGAACCCAUACUCAUUCCUGCAGGUGGGAAGGAGCCAGGCUCCAUGGCCGAGCUAUCCUACUAUUCAUACGAGUAUGACCCUGACAUGGACGGUUUUUCACCAGAGACCGAAGAGAAGUUAGUGACUGUAGGAGGGAAAGAGGAGGCCAUAGACGCAGUCAGACAUCUGGAUGGACAUCUCCUCACAGUGGACACAAAAGACUCUCCUGAACGAUGAGACCCCUGCCUGCAAAAAUGAGAGCUCCACAUUGUACAUUCUUUGUGAAUAUGAUUGUGUAAAAGAAAGACUGCAGAGGAGAGAUGAGCCCAGUCUGUUGCUAGAAGAUGACAGCUGUGUGUGUGUGUGUGUAUGUUCAGAAAGAGAGUAUCAGUUCUCUCUAUUUUUAUAUCUGCUGCCACUCAUGAGUAGUUUCAGAAGCUCUUUACAUUUAGUGAUGGUAUGACGUUUCUUCGUAUUCCUCUUGUAAACUAGAUUUAAUGUUCCAGUAUUCAUGUUUUUAAGUAUAAUUGACCUAAAAUCAGAUAUUUUAUUGUUUUGUUUUCUAUCUGUGGUAUUUAUUUCUGGCUAGUGCCUUUGUUCGUUCAGUUUGUUUUACAUAUCUUCAUAUCCUCAGUCAGAUCCUCCCUUCUAUUUCACCACAACCUACUUGCGUGGUUUCACACUGCUAAAAAUGUAUAAAGACUCGAUGCACACUUCCUGAGCAGGUCUUUAUUACAUACAAAGCAAACACAAUUGUGUUAAAGUGCGCUUAUUGCCACCGAUAUACACCCUGUCUACACUGGAUGCGAGCGUUGUGCCGCUUUAUGUUGCGUCAAAAACAAAACGCUGUCUACACUUGAUGCAUCCAUCGCGUUGCGGCGGCAGUUGACGGAUACCCGGUUUUUGGUGUUUCUGGUGUGCUGCAGAGUGACUCCAGACACUUUAUUAUGCCUCCGACUGAAAUAAAAUGAAUUUACUCACCAAAUAUCAUGUGUAAACAAACAUACAAACAAUUGCUAUGAAUUGUAUUCUUUAAAUAUUUCAAUAACUUCUGAUCGUUGCAUCAAAGCUCAUCUACUAAUUUAAAUCUUCUUUGUUUCUGCAGUGGUUAUAUAAGUAACAAGUAGAUUAUUAAUCCAAUGGAUUUCCCUCAAAAAUAAUUUAGGAUACAGGUUAUUCACCCAAUUUACCGUUGCUCAGUCUUGAGCUCAUAGUUGAUUUUCCCAUGUUUGCUGCACUGCAUUCCGGAUGUUCACUUCGACAUCGGUUGGUUGUGCACAGGGUGUGAGGCCAAAAAUGUACUUUACGCAAGUACUUGUACUCAGGUUUGAACGCUUGGUCAAUGCUUUGCCAAAACGUUGUCCGUUUGAACAUCCAUAACGUGCAUUCUUGCGUUUUUGUGGUGGAAAAAAAAAACAUCAGUACUAAAGGGGCCAAAUAGUGUCACCUCCAAAAGCCUGUAAUAUUUAACUGAAUGUGUUAUUCUGGUAAAUUGCCAUAAACUCAUUUACUGUAACUUAUUUGCUCUUCAAACUGUUGCUCCGUCAUGACAGUAGUUGACUUGUAAGAGAAAACUUACUGUAGAAGCGAACAGUUCACACUAAUUUACGUUAUCCACCUUUUUCACAGGGAUUUUACUGGGGAAAUGUAUGUGGGUGGUGGAUCUAUAGCAUUCCCUAUCUCUGGCUGCAGUCAUUUUAAACCCUGGUAAUAUGGCACGUUUCGAGUGAUCCGAUCGCAAGUGGUCGGCGCUAAAUAUAGUUGUUAAUGGGGUGCAGAAUAUUUUGCGAUUAGAUCACAAAAACACAGAGGUAUUUAAAUACCAUAUUGCAUUUGUAGUUUAAAACACCGCCCUUACGUGUCCCGGAUGGUUGUGAAGCACCACCUCUCACCAGUGUGAGUAACGGAAUACGUAUUUAAAAACAAUAUAUAAGUAAUUGUAUUCCACUACAGUUACAAUUGAAAUCAUUGGUAAUUACAAUACAGUUCAUAUUCAAGAAGUAUUUUGAUUACUGAAGAGAUUACUUUUCAUUUAAUUGUCAUUUGUUUCAUGUAAUAUUUAGUCCUUUCAAAUACAUAUAAAUGAUGUGAUCCAAAGUGCAUUUUUACAGCGGUGAAACACUUUAUGAUGUGUUACAUUCAUACGAGCAGACAGAGAAGUACGUGUGAAGCAGAAGAAAUAGAAAUAAACCUCGUCAGCUUUAUGCUAAGCUAAAAUUCUAUUUCUAGCCAUUUUACAUGCACGUUACCAGACACGAUCAUAUUUCUAUGAUCAUUUUGACAAGAAAAUUCACGUUGGAUCAUCAUUUAUUUUAUUCUAGUAAGAUCUUUGAUAUUAGGGCAGAAAUCAUAUUCUUCAUAAAAAAAAAUAUUGUUUUCCUGUAAAA